GGCCUCUGCCUGACCAUGCAACAACAACAUCAACAACAACAAGUGGGACCCCUCUCACCAGCUUCCAUCAGACACUUGCGAGCACAAAGUUGGACGCGGGACGCCGAUAACAUGGGCCGGUGGAGCGCUGCGAUCGUGGCCUCGCAGCUUCUGCUGCAACUUUGCACGUACGUGACAAGCCAGGCUUUAGUGUACGAUCUGCUCACUUCGCCCGACUGCCUGCCCGACCUGCUGCAGGGUGGCCUGGUGGAGCAGGGUGUCAACGAAGCCUUCAUCCUGGCCUCCUUCAAACUCCAGCCCAAGACGGGCACUACCGUCUUUGGCUUGUACAACCCGCGGGACAAUAGCAAAUAUUUUGAGUUCACCGUGAUGGGCAAACUCAACAAAGGCGUGUUGCGCUACCUGCGCACCGAUAAGAGGACGAGCUCGGUGACCUUCAACAAUCUGGUGCUGGCCGACGGCAACGUCCACAAACUGUUGUUCCACCUGAGGGGUCUUCAGCAGCCGGGCGGUCCGAUUGGGAUGGAGGUGCAUCUGGACUGCAAGCUGGUGGAGACGGUGCGGGAUCUCCCCGCCGCUUUCCAGGGGUUGCCGGCCGGCUACGGCAUGGUGGAGCUGAAGACUAUGCUCAACAAAGAUCAAGAAGGUUUACACGAGCUCAAGCUGGUGGUCGGCGACACCUUUGAGAAUGUUGCGUCUUUGCAAGACUGCCAUUUCCAGCAAAGAGACUCUGUGCAAACUCUGGGCGUCAACACCAAGCAGCUCUCCAAUCAGAUGAUGGAGUUGACCAAGGUGAUCAACGAGCUGAAAGACAUCCUCAUCCAGCAGGUGAAAGAGACGUCCUUCCUCACCAACACCAUCUCUGAGUGUCAGGCUUGCGGUCUGGGCGGAACCGAAGUGGUGAAACCCAGGUGCGGCCCAGGCGUGUGUUUCCGCGACGGCAUGUGCCGGGAAACGGCGGACGGCGUGGAGUGCGGACCUUGUCCCGACGGCUACACGGGAGACGGCUUCAACUGCGACGACGUGGACGAGUGCCAGUUCAACCCUUGCUUCCCGGGAGUCAAGUGUGUGAACACAGCGCCGGGCUUCCGUUGCGACGCCUGCCCGCUGGGCUACACCGGCCUGCCUGUAGAGGGCGUAGGAGCGCUGUUCGCCCAGACCAACAAACAGGUGUGUGACGACAUCGACGAAUGCAAAGGACCAAACAACGGCGGCUGCGCGGCCAAUUCCAUCUGUCAAAACUCAGAGGGCUCGUACCACUGCGGCAGCUGCAAGACAGGCUUCACGGGCGACCAGGUGAAAGGCUGCAAGCCCGAGAUCAGCUGCGGCAACAGCCUGACCAACCCUUGUGACGUCAACGCGCAGUGCGUGACCAAAAGGGACGGAUCCAUCUCCUGCCAGUGUGGAAUCGGCUGGUCCGGAAACGGAUACCUGUGCGGCAAAGACACUGACAUUGACGGAUAUCCCGACGAGAAGCUCAAGUGUAAGGACCCCAGCUGUAAGAAGGACAACUGCCUCUUUGUUCCAAACUCGGGCCAAGAGGACGCCGAUCGAGACGGGCAGGGAGACGCCUGCGACGACGACGCAGACGGCGACGGCAUUCCCAACGAGCAAGACAACUGCUGGUUGAAGCCCAACGUGGACCAGAGGAACAGCGACAAGGACACGCACGGCGAUGCGUGCGACAACUGCCGUCUGGUGGAGAAUCCGGACCAGAGGGACACGGACAACGACGGCAAAGGCGACGCCUGCGAUGACGAUAUGGACGGAGACGGCCUGAAGAACUUCCUGGACAAUUGCCAGCUCAUCAAGAACCGAGAUCAGCUGGACCGCGAUGGUGACGGUGUGGGCGACGCGUGCGACAGCUGCCCUGACAUCCCUAACCCCAACCAGUCUGAUGUUGACAAUGAUCUUGUGGGCGACUCGUGUGACACAAACCAGGACAGCGAUGGCGACGGCCACCAGGACACCAAGGACAACUGCCCCUUCGUGAUCAACAGCUCGCAACUGGACACCGACAAAGACGGCAUCGGCGACGAGUGCGACGAUGACGACGACAACGACGGCAUCCCGGACCUCAUCCUGCCCGGACCGGACAACUGCAGGCUGGUUCCCAACCCCGAGCAAACCGAUGCCAACAAUGACGGCGUGGGCGACAUCUGCGAGAACGACUUUGACCAGGACAAAAUUGUGGACCACAUCGACAACUGCCCCGAAAACGCAGAGGUGACUCUGACCGACUUCAGGGCCUUUCAGACGGUGGUGCUGGACCCUGAAGGCGACGCUCAGAUUGACCCCAACUGGGUGGUUCUCAACCAGGGAAUGGAAAUCGUUCAGACCAUGAAUAGCGAUCCGGGUCUGGCUGUGGGUUACACGGCCUUUAGCGGCGUGGACUUUGAGGGCACGUUCCACGUCAACACGGUGACGGACGACGACUACGCCGGAUUCAUCUUCGGCUACCAGGACUCGUCGUCUUUCUACGUGGUCAUGUGGAAGCAGACGGAGCAGACGUACUGGCAGGCCACGCCCUUCCGAGCCGUGGCCGAACCCGGCAUACAGCUCAAGGCCGUGAAAUCCCAAUCUGGUCCCGGAGAGCAUCUGAGGAACUCCCUGUGGCACACUGGAGACACCCACGACCAGGUACGCCUCCUGUGGAAGGACCCCCGCAACGUGGGCUGGAAGGACAAAGUGUCCUACCGCUGGUACCUGCAGCACCGCCCGCAGGUUGGAUACAUCAGGGCCCGCUUCUACGAGGGGUCCGAGCUGGUGGCUGACUCGGGCGUGACCAUCGACACCACUAUGAGGGGGGGCCGACUCGGCGUCUUCUGUUUCUCACAAGAAAACAUCAUCUGGUCCAACCUGAGAUAUCGCUGCAAUGAUACCAUCCCUGAGGACUUCCAAGAGUUCAGCACUCAGCACGGCGUUGACUCCCUCUAAAUAAGGAAUAAAGUGUGUGUGCGUGAGGAGUGUGUGUCUAAACUUGUGUGUAAGUGUGUGUGGGUCUAUGUAUGUAUUUUUGUGUACAUUUUCAGUACAUGAACAGAGCAGCAUCCUGUACUGUAUGUGAAUCAUGUCCUAACAUGCAACAAAAUACAACUCAUUUGCUGGAAUGACAUGUAAUCCUUUCAUGCAUCAUAGUUUUUGCAAUUAAAAAAAAAAAAGAUCAAAUUUUAUAGUAAGCUGCAGCAUUGUUGCUACCCAGCAAUAAAUGGGACAAAUGUUUGUUCAAUGAUGCUACAACAUACCCCCUGAAAUGUAAAGGUUCUUUUCCUCGCAUUUUGUCUGUGUGGGUUAGGGUUUUUUCUUGUUGUUGUUUUUGUCUAUCAGAUAUUAAAUAAAGAAAACCAACUGGUUAA